AUGCUGUACAAGCUGGCGCAGGAGGGCUUCAGGCCGGCCAAGUACUUCAGCAUCGACCGCGUAUUCCGUAACGAGGCGGUGGACAGGACGCACCUGGCAGAGUUCCACCAGGUGGAAGGCCUGGUGUGCGACCGGGGGCUGACGCUGGGUGACCUCAUCGGCACGCUGCGCGAGUUCUUCAGCAGGCUGGGCCUCACCAAGCUGCGCUUCAAGCCGGCGUUCAACCCCUACACGGAGCCCAGCAUGGAGAUAUUCAGCUACUCGGAGCAGCUGGGCAAGUGGAUCGAGGUGGGCAACAGCGGCAUGUUCCGCCCCGAGAUGCUGGAGCCCAUGGGGCUGCCGCCAGACGUGAGAGUCAUCGCGUGGGGCCUCAGCCUGGAGCGGCCCACCAUGAUCCUCUACGGCAUCGACAACAUCAGGGACCUCUUCGGCCACAAGGUGAGCCUCAAUGUGGUGCGAACCAACCCCAUCUGCCGGCUAGGCUGGUAA